AUGCGCUAUUUACGCUCGCUAUAUUUUCUGGUGCUGGCCACAUCGGCGAUAACGACCGCCGCAGUUCCCGCCGGGUCCAGCAUCACUCCUCCGCCUCCCGUCGAAGCCGUGUCUCUUUUAUCAUCACCGUCUGAUCCGCAACGACCAUGGACUCGCAUUCGAGACUGGAUUAUCGAAUCAGUAUGGGGAAUUACAAAGGCUCGCACACCUUCAUCAAUUCACCAUCAAACUGCCCUUCUCAAGGGCUCUUUUCGAUAUGGAAGUGACGUCGUUCUUCGAUUUCGAAUCCAAAGCAUAUCAGAGGCAAAGGCGCUGACGGAGGCCACCAACAUUCUUUUCCUGGAUGUCUGGGCUUCGACCCCCAAGUUUGUUGAUAUUCGACUCGCCGAAGAAGUCAUACCUUCCUUACUCGGUCUAUUGCCAGACUCCCUCCAGACUUCGUACACUCCUCUCAUCGAUAACCUACCCGAAAUGAUAUCCGACACAUUCCCAACUCAUCGGCCCUCUGGACUCAACACACAGUUCAAAUCCAGAUCAUCAGCUCGCUCGACCGACCUUUUCUUUCGCGAGUAUCAGCCAUUAUCGGUCAUUGUACCUUGGAUGCAGCUUAUGGCGUCCAUGUUUUCUUCGCAUGUUCGGAUGAUUACGGUUGGCCUUUCUUACGAAGGCCGUGAGAUUCCCGCGUUACGUUUGGGCCGUCUGCGUAACUCCGACUCAAACGAACCCCGUCCAAUGAUUCUCAUAGUUGGCGGCAACCAUGCCCGGGAGUGGAUUAGUACUUCCACGGUCACGCACAUUGCUUAUAAAUUGAUGACAAAGUAUGGAACAUCAGCGGCGGUGACCAGUAUGCUGCAGGACUACGAUUGGGUCUUGGUUCCCACGACUAACCCGGACGGAUACGUCUAUACUUGGGAGUCUGACCGUCUAUGGCGCAAGAACAGACAACCAACCAGUUUCCGAUUCUGUCCCGGCAUUGACCUGGACCGGUCAUGGUCGUUUGAAUGGGACGGCGAUCAGACGCAAUUCAACCCAUGCUCUGAAAACUACGCAGGAGAGGAGCCGUUCGAAGGCGUCGAGGCACGACAACUAGCGCAGUGGGCUCUCAACGAGACAGAGCACAACAACGCUCGAAUCGUCGGGUUUCUAGACCUUCACUCUUACUCCCAGCAAAUACUUUACCCCUUCUCCUACUCCUGCUCAUCAGUUCCACCUACUCUAGAAAGUCUGGAAGAGCUUGGUCUCGGCCUAGCCAAAGUCAUCCGGCUAACAACACAUGAAACCUACGAUGUUACGUCUGCAUGCGAGGGUAUCGCAACGCCUGCCAAUGCCGAGAAGUCGACCAAGAGCUUCUUCCCGGUAGGCGGUAGUUCCGGCGGCAGCGCGCUUGACUGGUUCUAUCACCAGCUGCGAACCCGCUACGCCUACCAGAUCAAGUUGCGUGAUCGCGGCAGCUACGGAUUCCUCCUGCCACCCGAGUAUAUAGUCCCCACUGGGAUUGAAGCAUUCAACGCUGUUCUCAAAUUUGGCCAGUUUCUUAUGGAGCAGGACCACCCUGGAGUCAGCAACAUCAUCAAUUGGGAGGCCGAGUUCCAGGCUGUUGAGGAACCUUCUGCUGAGAAAUCAUCGGUUUUCGCCGACGAGUCACGUGAAAGUCAGGGAGAGUUCAGAGACCCCGAUGAGGACCUGGAAAUAGUCUACGACAAGUGGGGGCCAGCGAGGAUUCAGCAACCUCUCGACUUCCAUCGGCCUCGAUAG